AUGUUUUCAAAUGUAUAUUCACUCACACUCAGUGUUUACCAGAGUGCUGACAAAGCAGUUUUGGGUAACAACCCGUUUACACUCUCAUGUACGUACACAAUGGGUUCUCCAGAACAGUUGUUUUCUAUUGAGCUGAUGAGAAAGCGGGAGCCAGAUUCAGAUUUUACAACAAUAGUGCGGUUUCAGAACCCUUCGAGUCCUCUUAAUGUAAGUUAUCAGGACACUUCACUGGAAUCGAGGACAGUAGCAACAAAACCAACAAAGAGUAGUAAAACUGCAACACUCGUGUUCAACACAGUAGAGUGUGAUGAUAAAGCUACAUAUAAAUGGAAGGCGUUUUACACUGAUGGAACAAACAAGAAUGCCGAGAAAACUUCUACCUUAUCUGUGAAAGCAAAAACAUUGUUUGGGCAACAGGAGCAUCGUUCUCUUUCCUACGUACCAAGUACUAACCUAGAGGAGGGUGAUAAUGUUGUAUUCACCUGCUCUGGGGAUAUUGGUAACGAGCCAGUUGGCCACCUAGGCUGGUUCUACUAUCUGAACAAUAAUACAUCAAAUGCUAUUAACGCAUCAAGUAAAGCUACAUCAACGGCUCCAAUAUACGUGUCAAGCACCUGCAGUUAUACCCGCACAUCUACUCUACAACUAAAAAUGACAAGCGACUUCAACAAUCUUAUAGUGGGGAUGUACAGUUCAACAAGAUAAGUACGAUCAG